AUGGUCUGCCAAAGCUUCUUCUCCACCGUUUCGCUCUGCGUAUUCCUAGCGGCCUCGGUCUCGAGCGAGAUACUCGGGGUCAAUAUCUCGCGCCACGAACGGAAUUCACCGACCGCCCUCAUCGUCUGCUUGACUAAGGCCGGUCUAAACCCAGUCACUCCCUCGAACCCGUCAUACCAGAACGACUCCCUCCCAGUGAACACAAGACUGAUCUACCAACCGGCGUCGCUUGUGUAUGCGAACACGGCCGAGGACGUGGGCGCGGCUGUCAAGUGCGGCGCUGUUCAUGAUGUCAAAGUGAACGCGCGUUCUGGUGGACAUUCUUACGCGUCUUUCGGUACCGGUGGCGAAGAUGGGCACCUGAUCAUUUCCCUCGAUAACCUCAAUAACAUGAAGCUAUCCGGCGAAUACGUCACUGUGGGCGCGGGCACCAAGCUCGGCCCCUUGUAUCACUUCCUUUGGGAGAAUGGUCAGCGCGCCGCGGUAUUUGGUACUGCUCCCCAAAUCGGCGUAGGAGGUCAUCUUCACGGUGGGUAUGGCUUCCUCAGUCGCAAAUGGGGUCUGUUCUUGGAUCAGGUCGUCGAGAUGGAGGUAGUAAAGGCAGAUGGGUCUGUCGUUACGGCUAACAAGGACAGUAAUGCCGACCUCUUCUGGGCACUUCGUGGCGCCCCACCCUCCUUCGGUGUGAUUACCCAGCUCACAAUACUCACUCACCCCGCUCCCACACACGCCGCGACGUUCGCCUUCACAUACAACUGGAGCACUCCCGAUGUCGCUUCCUCGGCUUUCCAGAUCUUUCAGCACUGGACUGCUGAGGUUGAUAUGCCUUCCGACUUGACGUUGCAGGUCCAGUACACGGAUGCUAGCCCUGUCCCAACGUUCUGGCUCAUAGGAGCAUACUAUGGGGACGACGGCAUCGCUGGUCUGAACAAGACGGUUCAGCCCCUCUGGGACGCGCUCCUGGCUCUCAACGACUCCGUUCCGACCGCCACUAUAUUCGAGGAUUUAAACUGGAUCCAGAACGUCCUGUACGAGGCAGGUUUAGACCCGACAACUGACCCGAAAGUCGCGCUGGAAGAUGCGCCUGCGAUUCAUUAUCCAUUUUACUGCAACUCGGUCUUCUACUCCGCUGAUGACCUCCUUACAAAUGCAUCCACACUCUCAUUCGCACAGUACACGUACAACGGCACGAGUGCGGACAUGAAUUGGAUUGCUUACCUAUACCUAUUUGGCGGCAAGAACUCGGCGAUAAGUGCAGUACCUCAAGACGCGACAGCGUACAAUGCGCGCGAUAUGUUCAUCAACCUGCAGGUUUGCGGUAACAGGAAUACUGUGCCGUUCCCUGAUGACGGUCUUUCCUUCACGGAGGGAAUGCUGAAGUCCGUCACUGAUAUGAUGCCAGGGGUUCGGUUCACUGGUUACCCGAACCACAUUGACUCACAGCUCAGUCGUGAGGAAGCUCACGCAUCGUAUUACCCAACACACACACAGAGGCUGCAGGAGAUCAUGAAGAAGGAGAAUCCGAAGGCGGUGUUCGACUACCCCCAAGGAUUUCUUCCCGUGUGA